AGCUAUUUUAUUUUAUUUUUAUUUUUUUUAGCGUGAUAAACAUUUUAUUUGCAGUUUUCUAUAUUUUGUUUAUUAACAAUAUCCGCUUUUCUAUAACCGUGUGUAUUCUCUAAAUCGACGCUAUAUUCCUUAUUAUUGACUUUUGACACAUUUUUUUAAGCAAGGGUCUAAACGAAAAACUUCUUUAAGUGCCAGCUGUUGUUUUCAUUCCUAUUAAACGCCCAAAUCUAUUUAAAAUACUCAUAUGUAGUAGUAACUUAAUAUCUAAAUACAACAGAAGUGGUCAUGUUACUGUGGUAACGUGGGGCGUCAGUGUGGUAAAUAAAACUGAGCGCGCUAGGAUGGGACCGCACUUUAAGUGCUGUGUUUUGGGACUGUUGUAGCUAAACCCAAGCAAGCUAUAAAGAAGACGCCUGAGUCAUCAUGGACAACUGUGAUUUAGAGAAGCUCUGUGUUUCUGCUGGGACGCUCCGUCCAUUGUUCACACCUGAAGUCACAGACUACAAAGUGACUGUGGAGAGCAGCGUAAACGAAGUGACACUGGACGUGAUGACAAGCGACUGUGGGGCUUCAUAUAGUAUUCUCUUCGGUGAAAGGUCUAACACGAUUACACUGAAAGAUGGGUUGAACAGAGUAGGAAUCGAGGUGGUAGCUGAGGAUGGCACCAUAAAGAAAUACAGUGUGGAAAUCACCAAACUGUCAGCAAAGAUCGCAGAGCUCAGUAACCUGGCUUUGGAAGGAGAUAUUUCACUUCACCCCGCAUUUUGCACCAAAGUUUUUGAAUACAAUAGUGUACAAGGUGUUGGUGACUCGAGAGCUGCUUCCUGUGCCUGUGACUUUCACUGAUGUGAAGCAGCAGCUGGAGUAUGAAUGCCCAGUAUCCCUAAGUGCUUUCUACAGGCCUUUGUCUAUCAAUCACAG